AUGGAUGCCAUCGCGAGGAUCGACGCCACCGAGAGGCCCUGCGCACUUGCUGAUGCAUCCAACAGUCGUCCUCUCCUCAAAUGGUUGCUUGCCUCUGUGACGGCAACCCUCUGGUCGAUUGCCUCUGUGAUAUUGACUCGGUCUGGUUCUGCCGCCGUUGUGACACAGACAGACGCUCCUACUUCGAGUGACGCUAUGAUCUCGAAUGACACUGUCGAGGCUGACGCUACGACGCCUCCAGUGUCCCGCUUGCAUCCCCCGAUUCCGUCGGUGCGUGUCGAAUGUGAAAUUCCAUCCGAUAAUCAGUACGAUAAUCGGUACGAUUCCCCAGUCUAUAAGAUUCAUGUAGCACCAGGAUCACGUAUCCUCAGCUAG